AACAACAACCACAACGCUUAGCUCCUAUAUUCACGUGACACUUGCAUCCGGGUCUGUUACUUCGGUCACUGUCCAGCAUGGCGUCUUCAGAAAAAACUAAGAAGAAGAGUAAGAAGGGGAAGACCCUGACUUUAACAGAUUUUCUAGCAGAUGACGGCACAAGUGGAGGCGGCAGUGGUGGAGCCGGAAGCACGUAUGCUCCAAAACCUGUGAGCUGGGCUGAUGAAACUGAUGAUUUAGAAGGAGAUGUGUCUACUACUUGGCAUAGUACUGAUGAUGACAUGUUCAGGGCACCAGCAAUUGACAGAUCCAUUCUACCCACUGCUCCUCGUGCUGCCCGAGAACCCAAUGUUAACAGAAGUCGUCUUCCAAAGAAUCCACCAUACACUGCCUUCCUUGGAAACUUGCCUUAUGAUGUGUCGGAAGAAUCCAUCAGAAAGUUCUUCCAUGGACUUAAUAUUAGUGCUGUACGUCUGCCCAGAGAAUCAAGCAAUCCUGAAAGGCUAAAAGGCUUUGGCUAUGCUGAAUUUGAUGAUGUGGACUCUCUAAUGCGAGCCUUGAGCCUAAAUGAAGAGAGUUUAGGUAACAGAAGAAUAAGAGUAGACAUUGCAGACCAGGCUCAGGAAAAAGAAAGAGAUGGUGGUGGCCCUGGAAGGGAUCGAGAGAGAUUUCGGGAAUCAGACAAGACAGACUCUGCUGACUGGCGAGCGAGGCCUACAAACGAAAACACUGAUGAUUACCCACCCCGUAGAAAUGAUGAGUCCUUUGGAGAUAGGUAUAGAGAUAAAUAUGAAGCAGACCGGGGGCAGUGGCGUGAUUUUGAUCGGUACGAUGGAGGGAGGGAGAGACGGGAUCGUUACGAUGACAGGGAUCGCAAAGAUCGUUAUGAUGAUAGGGACCGCAGAGACUUUGACAGAGGGUUUGAUUCCAGAGGACCUAACAGACGAGCUUUUGGUACCGGAUUCCGUCGAGAUAACUAUGACGACCGACGUGGUGGUGAUGAUUAUAGAGGAGGAGACCGCUAUGGUGACCGUAGUUAUGAAGAUCGUAGAGAAGACAAGUUUGACAGAAGAAAUGACUAUGGGUCCAGGGAUGACAGGAAGGGUGACUUUGGUCCCAGGGAUGACUACAGUAGACGCGAAGAAAGAGCACCACCACAAAGGCCAAAACUUAAUCUUAAACCACGCAGUGCUCCUAAAGAGGAUGAUUCUUCGCAGAUCAGCAGAGCUUCUAUUUUUGGUGGUGCAAAACCAGUAGAUACAGCAGCACGAGAGCGUGAGGUGGAAGAGAGGCUUCAAAAAGAGCAGGAAAAGCUUCAGCGACAGGUAGAUGAUGACAAACCCCGAGGAGAAAGGCGACCAAGGGAAAGGCAUCCCAGCUGGCGUAGUGAAGAUCAGCAGGAAAGAUCUAGGACAGGUAGCGAGUCAUCCCAAAGUGGUGGAACUAGUACAUCAUCUACAAAAGCCUCUAGAAGGAGAGAAAAUGAAAAAUCCGUUGAAAAUGAUGUUUUUAACAAAGACGAUGAACCAAUAUCACCAACCUCAAAAUCUCCAAAACAAGAACAGCUUCCUCUGAAGGUGUUCCCAGCACCUCCCCCGAAAGAGAAUGCCUGGGCCAAGAGGAGUUCAACGUCUGGACCAGGAGGAUCUCGGGGUUCGGAGUCAGAUCCACAGUCACCUGACUCAGUUUCACCUAGGCAAUUUAGUGGCCCAUUAUUCAAGACUGGUGUAGCCAACUCUGAGGAACAGACAUCAGAAAAGGGAAUAACAAGAAAAGAUGAAAAUAAAGCAGAUGGAGUAAAAGAUAAAAAUAUUGCAAAAAGCCGAGGUGGGAGCAGCAGCAGUAGUUCCAGCCGGAGCAAAGUAGAUGGCGGAUACAAAGAUCAUAAAAAGGAUCAAGAAAGGAGAGAAAGUAAGAAGGAUCGGGAUCAAAAAUCAACGUCUGAGCCAAAGAAAUAUGAAGAAACACCAGCACCUAAGUUCAGCUCAGCCAGUAAGUAUGCUGCUCUGUUAAUGGAUGGAGAUGAGGAAGCAGAAGACGGCACAGAUUAACUUUUAUGGAGGCUGUGUUGAACUUUUGUGACAGAAACCAAAAUUCUGUUCCAGCAAGACCACAACCUAAUUUAACAUCUCCAGGAAACUUUUUUUCUCUUGCAUGCUACUGCAGCCAUUUGGCAUUGAACUUAAUGAAAGAGUUUUCAUCCUUAGUGAAGUAUGAGUUUUAAACAAAACGUCAACAAUGCAAAACAUCGUGCUGUAGAGCUAGAAAUUUUGCCGUUAAAUUUAUUAUUAGAUAACUAAAUUUUAAGAGCUUUUAAAGUAAUGAGACAAGCAAAUGAGACCUGGUAAAGGAUCAAGGCUGCAUAGCAGAAGACUUUUGUCUCCCAGAUUUUUAAAAUGUAUUUUUGUAGGACUGAGUGACAUUUUGGCAGCCUCUUAAAAUGAGCCCAUUGUUGCUACUCCUGAUUCAGAUGUAUUCAUGUUAGUCUAUUUCAGGUUGACUGAUAUGUUCAAAGAUGAGCAGCAUUGUUUUUGGACAGGCUUAUUUAAUUUGAAACUAAAGAAGCUUUGAAUAUUUUAAGAGGACAUAAUACACACCAAAAAUCUUAAUCAUGUUUUGCUAAUGUAUGUGUAUUUUUUUCCUGAAAUCAAUGUUGAGACAAUAUGGCAGUCAUUUUUUUAUUGCAUUAACUACCCAUGUUUGUUAAGGUGUUAAAUUAAUAUGACUAUAUUUAAGGCCAUCAAAAGUGCAUGCUUAGAUUUUCUGAGUAUUCAAUGCAUCCAGCUGAAUGAAUUUCAACAUUUUGCUGUUUGGACAUUGUUCAUAUGGUCGAUGUCCAGGAGCAAAAUUUGAGUUGCCCAGUUAAGCAAGAUAGAUGAUUCUAGGUUUGCUUAAUACUGACAGUGAAUAAGUAAUGUACUAACAUUACUUUUGCUUUUGAGCUUUCAUAGGCUUCUUAUAUUAUUCAUUAAGGAGUUCCAUUGCAGCAUUUGUCCCCAUUACCAGGUAAACUUUUCUUUCUCACUCCUAAGAUGACAUGGUUUUAUGGCUGCAGUGGUUUGUUUUGCUUUCUACAGCAUUUUUUAUAGCAUGGGAAAAAUAGCUUGCACAGUUGGUCUUCAAAAUAUGGAUGAUAUAAAACUGUGAUUGGCAGAAAGGUGAGGCUUUAAUUUAACAAGUACUGUGUAAUAAUGAACUUUAAUGCAAAGAAUGAGACUAUGGAGUUUAUAGGUCUAAUCAUUGAUCUUUUCCCCAGCCUCAAAAGGAAAUGGAGAUGGAAAUAUUACUUGACCCCACCUCAUCUGCACCCUCCUUUGGGAUGGGUUUGUACUAGUUUACACAUGACACAUUAAAAAAAAAAAAAAAGAAAAAAAAAACCUCGUGUAAAAAAUUUGUAUAAAUAUCUUCUAUGAAAAUAAUUUGUACUCUAUAGUCUGCUAUCCAGGAGAUGUCUUUUAUUAUCAUGUAUAAUGCCCCCAUCAUUUUUUUUUUUGCCUCCAAAAUAAACUAAUCUUUAAAAUAAAAUAAA